AUGUUCUUCGUCAUCAUCGCGGCACUCGUGCUGCCCAUCUUCCUCAUUUACCGCCACUUUUCUCCCCGAGACGACAAGAAACAGCGCUAUGCCGAAGAAGCCAGACGACGGGGCUGUGCCCCAGCGCCGGUCAUGCGCAAGAAGGGCUUCCUCGGCUUCGGACAUCUGCUGGACGGUCUCAAGGCCAGCCGGCAGGAGAGAGGACCACAGCAUGUAAUCGAGGCCAUCGACGGCGAGAUGGGCCCCGACGUCCACACCGUGAUUGUCCCCAUCUCCGACUACGAACUCAUCGACGUCAGCGAGCACCGCACGGCCAGCUGGAAGCCCAUGUUCGGCCUCGGCAUCUUCACAUCCCGCGGCGAGCAGUGGAAGCAGUCACGCGCCCUCGUCAGGCCGCAGUUUGCCACCGACCAGAUCAACGACCUCGAGCUGUACGAGCGCCAUGUUCAGCAGCUGUUUGCCGCCAUCGACAAGCACCAAAACCGGGAGCACAAUGAGGGCUUCACACACCCGUUCGACCUGCAACCCCUGUUCUACAACAUGGCGCUCGACGUCAUGACCGAAAUGCUUUACGGCCACUCGGUGCACUCCCAGGACCCUUCGGAGCGCGUCGAGCUGCCGUCUCUCCCCGGAUACGACCCGCCCGACCGUGAACGCAUUGGAUACCACAUGGAUGGGGGUAAGGCUUGGAUCGAGAUCCGCGGCGCGUUUUGGAAAUAUCGCUGGCUCCUGCCGCCUUGGUGGUUCAACGAACACUGUGCUGCCAUUCACAAGUAUGCCGAGUGGUUCGUGCAAUUGCGGUUGCAACAGGGAGAGAAGUACAUGGACGGACUGCGACACCAGAGCGGCCGGCCCAACAGCGACCGCUUCGUUCUGCUGAACGAGCUCGCCCACGUGACGCAGGACCCAGUAGAACUCCGCAGCCAGACCCUCAACGUUCUUACCGCGGGCCGGGAUACCACGGCGGCCCUGCUGGGAUGGAUUUUCUACUUUUUGUCGCGCCAUCGUGACGUCUGGGUGAGAUUGCGCUGCGAGAUCAUUCUCAUCUAUGGCCCGUACCAGGAAGAUGACCCGGGCGUCACCUUUCGGCAACUUCGUGACGGCCUACAUUACCUGACAGCGGUGAUCAACGAGACUCUCCGUAUGGCGCCCGUGGUGCCCCUCAACGAUCGUAUCUCGCUGCGCGACACCGUGCUGCCCCGCGGUGGAGGGCCAAAUCGAGAUAAGCCUGUGUUUGUGCCGGAGGGGACCCAGAUCUUGAUUCCAACGUAUGCCCUGGGGCAGCGGCCAGACAUCUGGGGCCCGGAUGCCGAUCAAUACAGGCCGGAGAGGUGGCUGGAGAAUGGCGGGCGCAAGUUUGGGUUUGAGUAUGUGCCGUUUGGUGGCGGAGCCCGGCAGUGUCUCGGACAACAACUGGCGCGCAUCAAAGCAUCGUACGUGGUCAUCCGCAUGCUGCAGCGGUAUGAUGCCAUCUUGAGCGCAGAGUACCCGCCGGACGCCCCGAUACGGUUCCACCACACGAUUGAGAACCGGAGUGGUAGUGGCGUGCAAGUGAGGGUGCACGAUUCUACCUGGGAUGAUAGUUCUUGA